AUGGAUCAAGACGAAAAAUUAUCCAGCACCGAAUAUCGUAUACAUAAAAUUCUUGCAAUUUACGUACCUCCAAUAUUGCUUCUACUGGGAACGUUCGGAAAUAUAUUUGCGUUUCUGGUUUUACGACAUAAAUCAAUGGCAAGGUUGACAACAUACCUUUUUCUUGCAGCAUUGUCAAUUUCUGAUUGUUUUGUAUUAUUGUUUGGUUUAUUGAGAAUGUGGAUUGGAGAAGUUUCUAAAUUUGAACUUCGUGAUCAAUCAGAUUGGCUGUGUAAAAGUAUUAUUUAUGUUGGUUACAUUACCAGUAAUUAUUCUGCAUGGCUCUUAAUCGCUGUGACGAUCGAAAGGUAUUUGGUAAUAGUCCAUCCUUUGAAAGCUUUA